AUUGAGCCCGGUUUUGAGUCACCGCCGCUGCUAGCGGCGGAUUCACUACCAAUGGAUGCGAUCUUCGGGUCCUCCGCCUUCGGUGUGGUUCACACAGACUUCCGUGUGCUGGUGCACGAGGCCACGAACGUGCCCUCCUGGUGCCGAACCCUGGUGGUCUCCUGGAAGAAGGGUGUCAAGUGCGUGUCCACGGAGCCCGCGCCGGUGCAACGGGGCCGCGCAGAGUGGAAUCAGCCCUUGAACGUGAGCUGCGCGCUAUGCCGCGUUACCAAGUCUGGCCAGGUCCAGGUGCAGGCCAAGUUCUGCUGGCUUCAGGUCUUCAGCGAGGACUCGCCCCUGGGCCACGACUGGCUGAACCUGGCGGACGUUUGCGACGGCCAGGUUCACAACCGCACGCUGCAGAUUUGGAAGGUCGCCUUUUUCUUCUGGCGGGUCGCUUUCCAGCGCAGUGGGUCUGGUUCAGGGAGGGACUGACGACCUUUGGGUUGGAUAAUCCUUGCGUUCCUUACCUGUCACAGGCGGAUCCAGGAAGAUUGCGGGGCUCGAGUUGAGCACUACGACACCUGCCCAACAAGGAUUUCAGGAUAGACGAAAGAGCUCAUUCCGGUAUGCCUGCUGCUAAGUGUGUAGUGCGUGCUUUGGAUGCCUCCGCCUUCCAACAUAUAUGCUUCUCCCACAAAGUGAGCAGAAACGGCCGGCACAGCUUUAGCUUCAAAUUCUUCUUCAGUGGGUCUCGCUGCUGGGCACAGGGUUCGCUCAAGCGAAAGCCAAGCUGAAGAGACAAACCAAAGAGCCAAAGGAUUCAGCAACCUGAAGGUCAUGAUGUGCAACAAGGCAGCCUUUCAGUGGUGGUUUGUGUAAGAAGCGUGUCACACAAACCCGCCCGCCUCAAGCUGUUGGGUGGGGCUGCGCGCGCCUCUCCUGCGAGCGGAGCCGGGUGCAGCGGCGAUG